ACAUGACCUUCUCCCAUUCCUCCUCUGGAUGAUCCAGAUGGUCCUUGGCUAACGUCAGACGGGCCUGGACAUGUGCUGGCUUGAGCAGGGGGACCUUGCGGCGCUGCAGGAUUUGAAUCCAUGGUGGUAUAGUGUGUUACUGAUGGUCUUCUUUGAGACUGUGGUUCCAGCUCUCUUCAGGUCAUUGACGAGGUCCUGUCGUGUAGUUCUGGGCUGAUCCCUCACCUUCCUCAUGAUCAUGAUCAUUGUGGAGAGGUUGGAGUUUGAUUGAGUGUGUGGACAGGUGUCUUUUAUACAGAUAACGAGUUCAAACAAGUGCAGUUAAUCCAGGUAACGAGUGGAGACCAGGAGGACUUCUUAAAGAAGAACCAACAGGCCUGAGAAAGCCGGGGUUCUAACUGGUUGGAAGUGAUCAAAUACUGAUGUCAUGCAAUAAAAUGCUGAUUAAUGACUUAACAGUUGAAGAGAACCUCUGAGAAAAAUGAAAGACUUCUACAGGAUUUGGAGGAGGGAAAACCUUCACAAUCAGCAGCGUAUCAAAUACUUGUUCUCCUCACUGUAUUUAAAACAUAUAAAAAGCUAAAACAUGAAAAAACUAUAAAAUAUAUCAUUAUAUUAUAAAUCUAUUCUGACCAACAGAGAUUCAGUGCAGUGAUUAUAGAACUGGUUCUGAUUUGGUCCUUUUUCCUGGUGUUGGACAGGAUUCAUUGUGGAUGGGCUCCAGCUGCCUGGUUGACCACUAGAGACACUGUUACAUCUGACCUGCUGAAAAUAAAGGCAGGAAGCAGUUUUUCUGUUUCCUGUUUAGGCAGAAAACUUCUGGACCAGUGGUCUUUUGACAGAUGAGACCACAGAACCCCAUCAGGAAAUCAACACAAACACAUCAUUCCACCUGUCAAGCACAGUGCUGGAGGGUUGAAGGUUAGGACACCUUGUGGUCAUUGAGUGAACCAUGACCUCUGUAACAGAGAAUCGUAGAGUCAAAUGUGAGUCCAACAGUCCAACAGCUGAAACUUGGUCCAAACUGGGUCAUCAACAGAACAAUGGUCCCAAACACGGUAGCUGAUUUACAACAGGAUGGCUAAAAAUGAAAAGAAUCAAGUUGCUGCAAUGGGCGAGUCCACAGGUGUCAACCUCCAGUCCUCAGAGACGAUGUCCUACAACAUUUAGACGUGUCACUCUGUCAGAACACCUGAAUCACAUAAUUACGUCUUUAGCAGGACUCUGUAGAACCUGAGCGCAUGAGGAGACAAUUCAGUCCUUUAAUUCAGGUGUUUUUGAAAUGGGGCGCCUCAAGAAAUUGCAGAACACCCUCGAGGACUGGAGUUUGACAACUCUGGCCUAGGCAAAGUCCAGAUCUCAGUUGCUCAGUUGCUGUUGAGUUUAGGAACCUUUUUUCUGCCUGAAUGAUGUAUAAGUCACAGCUAGGUGGCUUAAGAAAUAAAAUCUUUCACCCAUUGCCCAUCACUGGACCUUACUGGUCCCGUACUGGUUUGAAAUUGAGUGGAAUAGCGGCAAAAGUAAAAAUAAAACCUCCGAAAGACCUCCAGAAAGCCAAAAUAACUGCUAAUCCGGACCAUUCUAAGAGAAUAUAUGUAAUAAAAUCUAAAUAUACAUUUAUUCAUCUCAGUUCCAGGAAAUUAACAGAACCCAAAUGAAUCACAAGAAAUCAAGAAUCUGGCUUUAAAUAAGUGACACGUCUUUUGUGUUCUAACAGGUGACGAAGAGGGUGGAGCAGUCAUUUGUCCACCUGUGAGGCUAAACUGGGACAAAAUGAUACCUGGAUUUUUGUUCUUGUACAAUACAUGUUAAUUUAAAACAUUUAAGAAGUCAUGGACAGAGUCAGAAACUCAGAUUUCUAAUAAAAAACAGAUUUUCAGCUGUGUCCUUUAGUCUCAGCAGCCUUUUCUCACUGUCACUGAAGGUGUGUGUGGGUGUGUGACAGUUUCAUAGUGAGUAAAGCUUGUUUUCACAGAAAGGGUGGACCAGGACUCAUCAUUCCAACGUACUGUUCUCACCUCUGCCUGCAGUCAGAACUCAGGGCAGCAGUCCAGUCACACUACAAACUGAGCAUGCUCUGACUGUGGCAGCAGGUGGAACAGGUCGGGCUUGUCUGCAGACACACCUGAUGGCAUCCUCACCCUCAGGCUAUCAGAACACCUGCUGAGGACUGCUGUUCCACACGGAGAAACAGAGAUGGACAAAUUCGCUCACAUUAUCGGGGACAAAGUGGGAGACAUGGUGGAGGGAGCGGUGAAGAACGCUCUGGGCGUCGAGGAUAAAAAGAAGGACAAGAAGAAAGGAGGAGGUCUGUCCAUUUUUGGAGGGGGCAAAGGGGAGAAAAAGGAGGAGAAAGGAGGAAUCUUCUCUUUUGGACACGAUGAUAAGAAGAAAAACAAGGAGGAAGACAAGGGAUUCUUCACAAAGAUCAUAGACAAAGCUGAUGAUAAAGAUAAAGGGAUGCAGAAGAAGACAGGAUUUCAAGGCCUCUUUGCUGAGGGGGAGGGAGGAGCAGCUAUGGGAGGUGAAGAAGGAGUGGAGGCAGGAGGAAACCCAGGCCAGACUGUAGCUGUGAGUGACAGAGGUACGUAUGAGGAACAUUUCUGUCUGAGAGAAGAUAUGUUUGGUCCCGUUAGCUUUGCUUCCAGAUCCAGGCUGCAGUUUUCUGACGCUCCCUUCUUUCUAGAAUCCGUUUUGUUUUUAGGAAAAAAUGUUGUGGAAAAAAUGCAGAUCGAUGAUGGUCAAUCAGCUUUUACUGUUAACCUUACAAAGGAGAACAGCUUCCAGCACCAGACAUGUUUACGAGGGGUUCAGCAUCUGCUCUGACCAUGGCGCAACCUCCUACCAUCACAGGGACUGGUUGCUGACAACAGGCUGGAAGCUCCUCUUCCACCAAACAUCUGGAGAACUGAUCCAUCUGAUCCAUGUUCCCACUGGGUGAUGGUCCAGAAGCCUCUGAACCCAGAGAAGCUGACUCAUCCUCUGAGGCUUCUUCUCUGCUCAGUAAAAACUAUGAAGGUAACUUCACGUUGUAGAGCUGGACCAAGGUUCUCCAAAGUAAUUUGUGCUCCAUGAGGUUAUCUCUGCUGGUGAUGCUGGUUCUGGAUGCAGGUCUGAGGGAUCAGAGAUCACUGCUGUCCAGCUGAGGCUUCUCCCAGAUACACCUUCAGAUUCCUUGGAAGGUUUCCUGAUGUUCUCAUAAUUUGCUAUCGAACUGGAGAUCUUCUGGAGGUCUUUGCUUCUCAGAUAUGGCAUUAAAGCCCCAAAUUCCUUCUGCUCAAACUUGAUCUGGAACGUGCUGGAUCCUGAAAUUUGGGAACUGUUAAUGACCAGAAUGUGUGAAAUAAUAAAGUAUCUUGGCUUCCUACCCAACAGAUUCGAACUUGGAAGUUCUUCUGUGGUCAAACAUUUGAAAGAUGUUCUGCUGAAACCAUUUGCAGGUUGGAUGUGUGGGUCUGCAGGUGUAGAAACAAUGUUGUCAUCAUUUUAAAAGACAAACCUAGAGAAACUUGAUGUAACUGACAAAGAUCAGCUGCUUGUAAAAAUCAGAACCAGGAUGGUUUCGGUGGUCCGUUGAUGCAUUCUGGACUGGAUACGUUAGAACCCUGGUACCAAUAGUUUAGAUUCCUUCAGAGGAUCCUCACUCAGAACUGAAUGAAGGAGAUGCAUGGACAUGUCCAUUCAACAUCAGAUGUUAGGGUUCUGGUUAGAAAACAAAGUUCUGUUCAUUUGCUUGAUUCAUGUUUUAAAAUGCUAAACUUUUGACCUUUUCCUUUGAACAUGUUAAACGUUAAUAUGUUGAAUUUAUUCAGAUUUCCAGUGGAUUAGUUUUAGACCUUCAGUUUGGUUUAUCUGGACUCAAACAUCGGCUGUUUAGUCGUCAGAAUGAAGGUUUGUUUUUAAUGAGAGGUAGAGUUAAAAUGGCAGGGGGCCAAGGACAGAACUCUGCGGUGCUCCACUCUUAAAUCCACAAGCUUCAGGCUGGCUGUACAGAUAAUCUUACUCAGUAAAAUGCAAAUAGUCAUGUGAACUUGGGCAGCUCUGAACAUUUUGCAUCUAGAACCAAAGUAAAAACCUUCUUCUGACUCGGUUGAGUUCAGUAAACGGCUCCUUCUGGACUUCUUCCCAGAACUGAUGGAAAUAACGGAGAUGUCUAUUUCUUCCAGACCUCUUUGAUGAUCUAUUGGACGUGGCUGAAGAAACGACUAAUAACUGAGGUGACCAUGAAGCUGAAACCUUCAUCCUGAUGAAAACUGUCUGAACAUCGUCUGUAAACUGGAAGAUAUUCAUGUUUUCUGUCACUUCCUGCUGUUUCUGUGUAUAUGGUAUGGAAAUAUAUUUGUAAUAAAGGAAUAAUUUAAUAAAUUCAUUCUGAUCAAACUUA